UGCUACAGUGCCUGGGCCACCAAACCGCGACCCCAAGCGCGACGGCUUCGAUCUAGCGUUCCAACACGCCCACCCUCGCAGGGCAGCCUGCGCCGCCGGACAGCGCCCUCGGCCCGGGGUCCCGCCUUCCCGGUGCCCCCGCCCUAGACCCUAGGCCCGCCCCCUCAGGGGACUGUCCCACUCGGGGGAGCCCAGCCGACCUCCGCCUAACUUUACGCUGCUCCCGUCAGGGGGACUCGCUCAUCAGGUGCCCCUCCCCAAACUUACUGCCCGUGGCCUCGAGGGGUCCCUGCCGCAUCCCGGGGCGCGGGAGAUAUAACCCCUGUGCCUCCACUUCUGGUCGCUGCCCCUUAGCGCCCCGACCCUCUCUUGUCGCCUACCCGCCUGGGGACGGUGUUGCUCUUCUCGCGGACAACAACCUCGGCUCCUCCAGGCUGCUCACCGUCUCCCCGCCCAUCCUAUCACGUCCCUGUACGCAUCCCCAGCCUCCAUGGUCCCAGACCCAGGCCCUGCCAACAACAGCACCCCGGCCUGGGGCCCCGGACCUCCGGCGGCCCCCGGGGGCAGCGGCUGGGUGGCGGCCGUGCUGUGUGUGGUCAUAGCGCUGACGGCGGCGGCCAACUCGCUGCUCAUCGCGCUCAUCUGCACGCAGCCAGCGCUGCGCAACACGUCCAACUUCUUCCUGGUGUCGCUCUUCACGUCGGACCUGAUGGUGGGGCUGGUGGUGAUGCCACCGGCCAUGCUGAACGCGCUGUACGGACGCUGGGUGCUGGCGCGUGACCUCUGCCUGCUCUGGGCGGCUUUCGACGUGAUGUGCUGCAGCGCCUCCAUCCUUAACCUCUGCCUCAUCAGCCUGGACCGCUACCUGCUCAUCCUGUCGCCGCUGCGCUACAAGCUGCGCAUGACGCCCCCGCGCGCCCUGGCGCUGGUCCUGGGCGCCUGGAGCCUGGCUGCGCUCGCCUCCUUCCUGCCUCUGCUGCUGGGCUGGCACGAGCUGGGCCACGUGCGGGCACCUGCUCUGGGCCAGUGCCAACUGCUGCCCAGUCUGCCCUUCGUCCUCGUGGCGUCAGGCCUCACCUUCUUUCUGCCCUCUGGUGCCAUCUGCUUCACCUAUUGCAGGAUCCUCCUGGCUGCCCGCAGGCAGGCCGUGCAGGUGGCCUCGCUCACCACCGGCGUGGCCAGCCAGGCCUUGGAGACACUGCAGGUGCCCAGGACCCCACGGCCAGGCGGGGAGUCGGCUGACAGCAGGCGUCUGGCCACCAAGCACAGCAGGAAGGCCUUGAAGGCCAGCCUGACGCUGGGCAUCCUGCUGGGCAUGUUCUUCGUAACGUGGCUGCCCUUCUUCGUGGCCAACGUGGCCCAGGCUGUGUGCGACUGCAUUUCCCCGGGCCUCUUCGAUGUCCUCACGUGGCUGGGGUACUGCAACAGCACCAUGAACCCCAUCAUCUACCCACUCUUCAUGCGGGACUUCAAGCGGGCCCUGGCCAGGCUCCUGCCGUGCCCCCACUGUCCUCAGCAGCGCCGGGCCAGCCUGGUGUCCCCCUCCAUGCGCACUUCUCACAGUGGCGCCCGGCCAGGCCUCAGCCUGCAGCAGGUGCUGCCGCUGCCGCUGCCCCCGGACUCGGGCUCCGACUUGGACUCGGGCUCCAGAGGCUCCUCGGGCCUUCAGCUCACGGCCCAGCUACUGCUGCCCGGCGAGGCCACCCGGGACCCUUCGCUGCCCGCCAGGACCCAGAUGGUCAACUUUGACAUCGAUCCCGCGGACAGGGAGCUGCGGCUGCACCCGCUGGGUACCCCCACGAGCUGACCGAGUUUGGAGCCGGCGGGCGGGGAGGUGGGUCGGACAGGCCGGGCCCCCAAGGUCUCAGGCCAACGGAACCCGUGAGCUCCAGGCCACCGGCCUGAAGGAGGAGCUGCCUGGGGUGUCGUUCUCUGCAAGAUGGUCCCUUCCUGAGUGUGACUCGGGGUUCGUGGGGGAUGGUUGGAGGACUCUGGGAGUCGGGAGCAGGACUUCUUGGUUCAGAGGAGGAUGAGAAAAAUUCCUGUCCUUUGCCCCUUCUCUCAGGUUGGUGGGAGGGGACGCGUCCAUCUGUCGACGCGGGUCCUGGCUUGGCCCGAUCCCUUGCUCCUCAGCGUCCGGUCAGCAUUCUCAUGGCCUUCUGGGAGUCUGCUCAGAAUGCCCAUCUCUGCCCACCCCAGACCGCCGAGUCAGAGUGUGUGUUAAAAGGCCCAGGUUGGCCACGGGCCCCUGUGGCUGGAGGGGGCUGGCAGAGGGGAUCUUUAACCCCGAGAAUGCCGUGCAGGACACUGGUUGGACCUGCCAGUCCCCCGGACGUGUGUGGCGGCACAGGAAAGCCCCUGGCCUUCCCAGGCACAGGCUGGCUGGACCUGAACCUUUGCUUUUCUGCUUCUCCCUCGGGGGCCUGGCACGGGCUGCUUGGCCUCUGAGAGCCCCGGUUUUCCCACGUGUGAAGUGGGGUAGUCGUGGCACCAACCCUCGGGUCAUUGUGAGCAUGAGCAUGAUACGUACUGUGUUUCCAGCCUCAGCAGGGGUCCGCGUAUGGUCCACCAGCCCAGGGGUCCUGGCUUUGGCCCGGAAGGGCUAUUUGUUCGUGUAGUUCUUUUCGGGGGGUGGAGGCCAGAGCUGGGCACCUGCUAGCCAAGCGCUCCUGCUCUGAGCUGCCCCCCCCCCCCCCCCGGGCCCCUCCGUUCUUUUAACAGUUCGCUCCUUCUUUUCCGUCCCAGCCCAGAUUCCCGGGGACUAACUCGGUUCCCCAGCUCCCCGUUCUGGGUGCUGGGUGGGGCCCCCGUUGCUCAGGGACCCUCCUGGCCUCCGCACUGUCCCUCCUGGCGCUAAGGGCGGACAGCACUUUCCCGUUCAGCCUGGGUCAUGCGUCUCCCUUGGCCUUGGGCUUCCCUGGACCUGGAAGGGAACAGCCCAUGGGAGAAGCCCCGCCCCCGUCCCACCUCCUUCUAGCUUUCUCUGGGGUCAGUGAGGGCCAGGGGCCUCCAGGGUCAGCAGAGCAGAGCUGAGGAGAGCUCUCCCUGGUGGGGGGCUGCAGGCAGGGGCCUUGCUUUCCGGUCAGGGAACCGGGUGGGGGACUCCUGGCUCCCGGCCCACCUGCCCGAGGCUCCUUCGCAGCCGGAGGUUUUCCUUAAAGCCCUGAAGACCCACCAACCAGACUUUCAGGGGUCCCCUGCGCAUGGCCUGGCGCUCUCCUUGGUGCUGAUCAGACUCAAGCCGGCCCGGGCCGCUGGCCGCUGGCCACAGAGGGGCCAUGGUGCUUGCUGGGACUUCCUCGUGCCUCCAGGCCUGCCCGAGGGGACUCUCAAUAAACUCUCGCUGAAGGACGUGACCGUGGUGUGGACUGGAUUCUGUCGCGGCAACGCUGGGGGCUUGCAAAGCGCUGGGACAAUGGGAAGUGACCCUGGCUCAAGAGUCCUGGGUUCUGGCCCUGACUCUGCCCCUAAUGUGCUUUGGGACCCCAGGAUCAUGUGCCCUUUGGACCCUGGCUUCCCACAUGUGGUGUGAGCAGUGUGGACUAGAAUCAGCAGGAGUUGUGUAAAGGUCUGCAGGAUGAAUA